AUGUCACCAGCGAUGCCAAUGACAUGGAUUUCAUUUAUUAAAGCUAUAUUUCCUACAUGUGCUGAUGAGUAUAAUUCAGUUACUACAGAUAAGGGUAAGGAAGAUUUACGUAAUAAAUUCUCUAUUAUGUGUGCUCAAUUCAGAGACAAUAUAAGGCUUAAUGAAUUAAGUGAGGAUGAGCAAAAAACGUUUGAAUUAGUUUGUCCAGAUAUUUCACUCUAUUUAGACCAUAUCAAAAAAACAUAUACUCAAAAGAAUGAUCCACAAACUUAUGUUAAUUCAAGUUGUAAUUAUUUCUUUUACAAACUGAAAUUUCUUAUUAAUUCUUGUAAUCUUAAAUGUGGAAAAAUAGAGUCUUGUUAUACAAAAAUGAGAGAAUAUAUGAAAAGUAAUCCUCCUGAUGAAGAUGCUUUUGAUAUAUGUGCGAAUGAACAAGUGUACGAGGGAAUUGUUUAUGAAAAUAUAUUUGGAAUGAUGAAAUAUAUUGAUUUAGCAUUUUAUUCACUUUAUCAUUUAAAAAGUAUAGCAGAAUAUAGAACCCAGCAGAAGGCAAUGUAUUUAAAUUUUAUUAAGCAGGUUUUACAAGUUUUAAAUAGCCAACGUGAUGUUUUCCCUAAGAUUUAUCAAAGGAUAAAGGAUGAAUAUGAUGAAAUUAUCCAGAAAGUGCAAAUAAAAACACAGCAAGUUAAUACAGAUGAUCAAAGCUCUCAGGGAAUAGCAACCAGAGAUUCAGUACAUGUCUACAGAGCUCACAUAACAUUUUUAAAACAUAAAACAAGGAAUAUAAUGAAGAUAAAGAAUAAACAAAAUGAGAAUAUGGUAAACUCAUCUGCUACACUUGAAGGAAUAUACAAUGAUUCAAUUGAUAAUAAAUAUAGUUUAGCUUAUAGUUCAGAGGGUUAUUAG